AUGGCGACAACGAACGGUGAAUAUGCGCAGCCUCGUAGAAGUCCCUCCGAGCCCAUUGCGCAGCGCGAUGAUGAAGAAGCAGCACGGCUUGUUGGUCAAAUGAUCAUGGUGGGAUUUGAUGGACUUAGCGUUACUCCAGAAAUCCGUAUGAUGAUAGAAAAGUACUAUGUGGGAAACAUAAUCUUGACACGAAGAAAUAUUCAAGAUGGGGUUCAAUUGGCAAGCCUCACACAGGAGCUACAAAAUAUUGCACAAUCUGUAGGAUUCGAUAGGCCGCUCAUCAUUGGAAUCGAUCAAGAGAAUGGAAUGAUCAGUCGAUUAGGCGACGGAAAACGGGCCACUCAGUUCCCAGGCGCGAUGGCUCUGGGGGCAACACGAUCACAAAGUCAAGCUUUUGAUAUCGCGAAAGCGACUGCCAAAGAACUGGUCGCGGUUGGAAUUAACUGGAACUUUGCGCCAGUUUUGGAUGUGAUCAAUGAACAUAAUUCUGCUAAUGUUGGCGUGAGAGCCUUUGGGGAUGAUCCUCAACUAGUAGGUGGUCACGGGGUUGCAUUUGCUGAAGGUCUUAGGGCUGGAGGAAUGGGUCAUUGUGUAAAGCAUUUCCCGAGCACAGGCAGAACGACAAACAAGGAUGGCAGUCGGAGUUCAACCUUUAACUUCAAAGCUCGAGAUGACCUGGAGAUGACAGAACUAGUCCCAUUUAGAAAAGCUGUUGCGGCAGGAUUGGACAGUGUAAUGUUGACCUCGUCUGUGUGGGAAGAGAGUGGGGAUGGCGGCAUGGCAGAUGCUAAACACGUUAUUCAUGACGUAUUGCGAAGACAAUUAGGAUAUGAUUGCCUCACUAUAUGUGAUACUACCGACAUGCCAUCCUUCACCAAACGCUCAAAUAUUGGAGAAGCCGCUGUUAUGGCAAUUAGAGUAGGGUGUGACAUGUUGCAGAUUUUGGCCAAACCUGAGACACAGAAGCAGGCAAUUGAGGCUAUUUACGAAGCCAUUCGAAAUGGAAAUAUAAUCAGAAGCGAGAUCUACCGAUCAUCAGGGAGGGUCAUGCGGUUUAAGCAACACUACUUGAACUGGCGGACAGCUCUUGCUACUCUGGAUUCAAAUCGCCUACCUUCAUUGAUGCAGGAACAUCAAUCUCUCGCACGAAAGAUUUACGAAAACUCGACAACGCUGGUUCGGGAUGAAAAGAACCUUAUUCCAUUAUCUGCACGCAUAAGGUCUUCAGAAAAUGUUCUACUUCUUACACCAGUUGUGAGACCUCUUCACCAGAGGGCACCUGGAGACCCCCCAAUAGAUCCAUUUGAGUGCUUUGGCAAGGCGCUUGCUCGAAAACACCCCAAAAUUAGGCACGCUCCCUACACUGUGCAUGGAAUCACAUCAACUCACGUUGCCCUCAUUAAGAGAGCCUCAGCAGUCAUAUUUGUUACUGUAAAUGCAAAUAGGCCAAACACUAGCUACCAACUAGAGACUGCUGGAGCGGUUCAUCGUCUGUGUCUUAACAAGCCUUUAGUAACUCUUGCUGCAUGCGACCCUUAUGAUCUUUUGAUUGAUAGAACAUUUGGGACGUACAUCUGCACAUACGAAUAUUCGCAAACAGCUCUGGAAACGGCAGCUGAAGUAAUAAUUGGUGGACGCCAUGCAACAGGUGUUCUUCCUGUCAGUAUACCAGGCACAUCUGCUCUGAGGCAACAAAAGCAGUGGUUCGUUGAGGUAUGGGAAAAAAGACGAGACCUUUUUGCCUCAGCGGACUUAUGGCGAGAUUGCUUAGGGCGAAAAUGGCCGUUGGACGCAAGCACGCUCAGUGCUCUGCUAGACCGUCCCGGACAAUCGAAACAUUUUGUUGUGCGUCACACAAUGACAAAGGAGCUAUUGGGACUCGCUGUUACGUACACUAUUCAGUCAGGAAGGGAUGAGUUAAUUGGGAGUUUGGCCCUGCUUAUUGUUCGGCCUACACAUAGGAACUCUGGCAUUGGAAGAUCUUUACAUGACGUUGCGCUUCGGCAUCUAUCAAAGCAGCCAGGAAUGACAUCACUUCAGCUUGGAAGUAUAUUUCCUCGUAUAUUUCCAGGUCUACCUGUAGACUUGCCUGCUGAGGACCUGUCUUGGUUUUCCCACCGAGGCUGGAAAUUGGGAGACAAAUUUAUCUAUGAUUUAAUGAUGAAGAUUGAUAAUUGGACGGUUCCUGAAGGUAUCUUUGGUCCACUACAAGAAAAAGGUGUUUCUUUCAGCUGCUGUAAUGCAAACCAGUUCGAUGCGCUGCUUGACUUUGAAGAGAAGAAUUUCAGCACCUACACUGGAUGGGUGGAGAAAUACCACUCGUUAAAAGCAACGGAUGAUAUUGCAGACGCUAUGAUCGCCUACACAAGCGAAGGGAUUGUCGGGGCUGCAUUUAUUUUUAGUCCUGUAGGGAACAACCAGAUGUCUAGAGAUGUACCUUGGCCGAAGGUAAUAGGGGAGAGGGUUGGAGGGUUGGCUUGUUUAGGUGUUGGGCCUGAAUAUCGAGGACAGGGCGUUGGGUUGGGUUUGAUUUGUGCGGCAAUUUUGGAGUUGAAACAAAGGGGCAUGCGUGCAUGCUUUGUAGACUGGGUCGACCUUCAAGGAACCUACGAACAACUUGGGUUUGCCCAGUGGGGAAAGUACAGGGAGAUUUGGCGGAACGUUGCAUGA